GUGGUCGUCAUUCCCAUGACUCAUGCGUUUUGCAAGCUGUGUUCGAGUGGCAGUGAUUUCUGCUUCCAAACCUUUGAGACACCUCAAAAACAUUAGCAAUAUGAGUUCCAAAGAAGGACACACACAGUAUGCAGCUGUUUCCUGCGAUGAUAGUGAGAAAUGGGGCUACAGCGAGGCAACUAUUAACCGACUCUUCGACAUUCAUCGUCAAGAUGGCGAGCAAUGGACAGCUUUCCACGCAGCUCGUGGUCAGGUACCCACCAUUGAAGACUUGAAAAAAUACAAAGGAAUCAUAAUCUCAGGAAGCCCAAAGUCUGUCCAUGACGACAUUGAUUGGAUUGUUCGUCUUCAGGAGUUUAUUCAAAACGCUGCAAGUCUACAAGAAGGAGACGACGAAACUUCACCAAAAAUCAUUGGAGUUUGCUUCGGACACCAACUCAUCGCUAAAGCUUUGGGCGGAAAAGUUGAAUUAAACCCUGAUAAGGAUUUUGUACUUCAAACYGAAGAAAUUAGAGCAGUAGAGGGACAAAAAGAUUCAAAAUUAGUGAAAGAUUUGUUCAAAUCUGGUCCACUUCGUGUAGUCGAAUGUCACAGUGAAUGCGUGACAGAGAUACCCAAAGGAGCUGUCACGCUGGGUACAUCAGUGUCAUGCAAGCACGAAGUUGUACAAUAUUCGAAGAAUAUUUUGGGAGUUCAAUCUCAUCCAGAAAUGCUACCAGAAGAAGCUGAAAGACUAGUUCUCCCAGCUAUUAGUAAGAGAUAUAAUUGGAGCGAAGACAAAAUUCAAGAAGUCGAGAAAUCUUUUUCUUUGAAGAUUGAUUUGAAAGCACAACCUAUGAACAGAGUCAUGAAAUCAUUUUUGAGUGAAUAGAAAACACAGGGAGCCCGUAAAAUCAUCUACUGCCGAAUAGUACAGGUUUGAUCAAUGACAUGGUAAUAAUCAACACAUUUUUGUUCUUUCCUGGUGAAAUAAACCAUGCGGGAUGUUGGGAGAACACGAAAAAGGCUWCACUUUCACGAAGUAAGUCCCCUUUAGAGUUCUAUUCUUUCUCUUUCUGAGUCUAAAGAGAGUCCGACWUGUAGCAAGUCUAGAAAAAGGCGUAGAAAAUCUUGAGCCGGAGGUAAGGAACGCACGAAAAUGUGUUGUUUGUUGCCUAAAAAACACACUUCCUUAUAUUUGUAUGCACUGGUACCUCUAGUGAUCGAGUGAUCAACUUUAAGAUUUUCUGACAACUAAACAGAUGUGUCAGAAGAAAAUAGAACAAAAUCAAGAAUUUGGACUUUUUAUGAUGGCAUCUGUACAGAGGGUGACUAUUGAAUAGAUGACCACUGGUUAACAGAAGUAACACUGCAUGGYACACACAUUCACACUAAAAAUACGCACAAAGGUUUUUCAUUACAAUUUUUGUGAUUAUCUUUCUUAACAGGGAGCAGAGGAGUGCAGUUGUUUGCUUUGUUUAAYAUUUUUUAUGUUAGUGGCCCCUGUGUUUCCUUUAAUAUGGAAUUUCUAUGACUGUAAGCAGGGAACCAGUUUGACCAUUUAAAACAUUGAGUCACUUGGAGAGCUGUUUUAAACCUCAUGCAGAUUGUCUGUGAAUAUUAUAUAUUGCUUAUCAUAUGCCAACGUUAGCAAAAGCAUAUUUUGGUUAAAACGUCUAGGUGAGGUAUUGAUGAAUUUGAUAAAUUAUUAUAUACCAUUUAAGCCAUAAUAUUGUUGCUAGUAUAUUAGCAAAAAUGUAGGUAAAGUUUCUCAAUAUGCCAAAUAUGCUUUUGUCUGCAUCUCUGUUCUCGUCUGCUUCCUGUGUUUUAUAGAAUACUAAUAAAAUGCACCUUAGUGAGAGCACAAAGCGUCUCUUUAUUUUUUUAUCAUGAUCAGAUAUAAAAUAUAUAAAGAUGCAAAAAAAAAAAAA